CCAUCAACGCCAUCCCGAGAUCUAUGAACUGCCAAUGCCCCGCGCGUCGCAGGUCAAUGACACACAUCUGAGCGCCCGUGCUAGCCGCCGAAGACCCUACAUAAGUCGCGGAGCGUGGCCAACGCGCCUCUCGUCCUACAGGCCGUGCUCACGCCCUCACGAUCGAGCCCGACAAUGGCUACUGCCGCGCCUCCCGCAGUCGCAAUCUCGGACGUGCGCACGUCUUUGGGUCCAAUACUGAUUGCGUCCGUCCUCGCUUGGGUGCUGUGGGGGAUGCUUACAAUGCAAGUGAUACGGUACUACCUCUCAUACAAGCGAGACCAUACAUUCGUCAAGUGGAUCGUCGGCAUUGUCUGGUUUCUCGACCUGUCCCACGCGAUCAUCCUCUUUCGCGGGAUCUAUCAAUGCCUCGUCAACGACUUCGGUCAAGUGGUAUCUCUCGACAGAGCCCGCGUGAUGGGCGAGAUGCCGCCGCGGAUGCUGGUCACGAUCAUCGUGCAGGGGUUCUGCUUUUGGAGGAUAUGGAAGCUUUAUCGUAGCUAUAUUCCGAUCGUGCUAUAUGUUGUCACUUCCCUGCUGCAGAUCAUCUUCACCAUAAUCUACCUGAUGGGCUCAUUCGGCGCUGUCCCCGCUGCACGAAGGCUCUUCUUCCUCAACCUCUCCGGCUUCGGAUACCUUGCGGCGGUUCUCGUCGCCGACGUCACGAUGGCGGGUAUGUUAACUACCUUGCUGUACAAGCAGCACCAGGAGACGCCGUAUCAGAAAACGAGCGAGAUGCUCCGCCGACUGUUCUACUUCUCCAUCAACACGGGCACCUGGACCGCCGUAUUCGCUGUUGCGGCCAUCAUCCUGUCCAAACACCCCCUCGGCACGUACUACUGGGCCAUCUUCGACCUCGGUGUCUGCGGCAUCUAUAGCAACACGCUCCUCGUCAACCUCAACGGGCGCGACUAUGUCGUAGGCGAGCAGGCCGUCGCCCUCUCCUUCUACAAGUCCACGGGCGACUCGAGUCGGACGGCGCGUGGAUCGGGGUCGCGUGGGCAUCGGCGCUCUGGGUCGGCGGCGGUGGAGGAUGUGUCGGUGUUCGAGGCGGCGAAGCGGUCGCAGAUCUCGGACGUUUGAAGGUCGCUGGCGGCUGGCCACAUAUCUAUAGCGCCUUGACUGUACUCAUGUGUGUAUUAUCGAAUGGCUUUUCGAAGAGCUCGUCCAAGCUCUGAUUCGAACUCGGGGUCUUCC